CUUACGGCAGUGCGCCCCAUGCAAACUUGUCCGGCUCCAUGCCUUGACGCAAUGCCGCCCAGGGCAUCGCCCGCUGCUCAUCAUGAGGCCAUGAAUAUAGGAGCCAACCGUUGAUUGGCUUCUCAGAGUUAUUUCAAGUUACGCCAGUCUAACUGCUGGGCUCCUACGGGUACUUACCUCAUAUGCGCGCGGGGAAGGUGGCUCAUGCUCCUUCAUGGCAUGGAUCCCGGACCUCUUGUUUCCAUCUGGGCUCACCUGCCUUCCAUCACCCUCCAUCCAAUGCUCGUCCGUCAUUUCUCCUCCUCAACCCACCCAGAACCUCCGCAGAAAGAGCUCCUUGACGUGGGUUGGAUCUGUCAGGAACUCUCUCUCCUCUCAGCUGUCACCCCCCCCACCCCCCUGUCUUCUCAUGGCCAUUCAUGUCUAUCCGUCCGGAUAGGUAGUAAAUAUCUCUUACUAUGUAGUGACCACUUCCUUGGACCAUGGACCUCCCACCUUAACUUGAUCUCUUCCAAUUGUUCCCGAACUCCUUUCGGCAUCGACCAUUUCCGUCCCACGUUACUUUGUUCCUCAGCACAAUCUACUCAGUAUCAGCUUCCAUCCAACCCUUCCCUUCCUUACUGCCUUGCAUCGGCAUCCGCACACGUUGCCUCUAUCCGUACCUACGGAGUACAGUUCACGCACUACGCAACCUGACCUUUCAGUUGGUCGCCGUUGAGAACCCUGGAGCUGAUCUUCCUUGAUCCUCGAACCCCCGAUCGCUUCCCCACCGGCACACCCGCUCAUUUAUAACCAAAACCCCAGAGCUUCCGGGCCUCGGUGGACC